AUGACUCGUCUCGCAACCAGUGUCCGGUCCUCGUUUUUCAGUGAGAUAAUUGUAUCCCACGGAAACCGUGUAUCGCUAUCCGCAUCGGAGGGCCUAAUCUCUCACUGCCGCAGGGCACGAUCACUGUCAGGCCACCCCCUCUUCCAUUGUUCUCGAAUUCGCGCCCAGCGCCCAUCGUCUAUUCGUCCUUUCGAAGGAUACUUUAUCGGGGUAUUAGUACCUAGAAUGGGAGUCACAAAGGAGACCCUCCAGGCCGGUGAUGGUGCGACGAAGCCCGCGACAGGCAAUAUUGUCGAAAUCAGCUAUGUUGGCUACAAAUUGGAGAGGUCGCCGUAUGGGCAGCCUCAGCAGGUUGAGUUCUGCAACAGCAAUCAACAAUUCGGAAGGACGUUCAGGACAGAGAUAGGGACAGGAAAGGUUAUCAAGGGGUGGGACGAAGGGAUCAAAGGCAUGUCCAAGGGUGAAAUUGCGCGCCUUACGAUCACUCCCGACUUUGCAUACGGCGCUAUGGGGUAUGCGCCAAUGAUCCCACCGCACACGACGCUCAUUUACGAAAUUACUUUGAUAAACAUCGAGACGGUCGGUUAG